UGUCGCAAAGAUUGUCGCAUCACCGUGGACUCCUUCACUGAUCCUCGCUUUCGCGACCGAGACUAGCCCGACGCCAUGGUUGGGAGGGGAGGUCGGUCCAGAGGAUGCAAGACAUGUCGCCGGCGCAGAGUAAAAUGCGAUGAGAUCCAAACCCGUCUGCACGCGUUGCCAAAACAGCGGAUUUCCAUGUGAGGGCUACCCCAAGGACCUAACAUUCGUCGACGAAGGCAGCCGCUUCGCCUCCCAAUCAUCCACUCGGUCAUCCAAGGCCGGCAGUCGCACGGGGGAGGUAUCGAGCGUAGACGCGCCUUCACUGUCGCCGAAGGGCAGUCAGACUCCCAACGUGCAGCUAGCCAUCAGCAAGCAACCCACACUAUCACCUUUUCAGGAUGAGAUAUGUCUGGCCUAUUUGAUUCGAACACUCUUCGGCGACAACCACAAUUUUCCUCUCGCCUCGCAUGUUUGGGAUUCUGCCGUGGCUUCCACCGACUCGGCAAAGCUCGGCCAAACUGCUGUGAGCAGCCUCGCUACGACUUACUUUGGUCGAAUGCAUGGCAGCAACAUGCAGCUCCUCCACCAAGGCCGUCGACUCUACGGUCAAGCAGUUCAUCGAUUAGCUCUUGAGAUCUGCAAGCCCGAAGAAGCGUCGUUGAGUCAGCAGGUUAUGCUUUCAGCCCUAGCAUUCUACUACUAUGAGAUGGUCAUGAACACGAGCGACAUUGGCUGGGUAGAGCAUGUUGGUGGCACUGGAAAGCUAAUGGAGGUUCGAGGUCCGCGAAGACACCAAUUCGCGCCAGAUCACGAUUACUUCCUCUACUUUCGACGAACUCUUAUCGGACAGGCUUUCGUUACUAGAACAAGAACCUUUCUAGAAAGAGAAGAAUGGAAGACAGUUCCUUGGGCAAUGCAGCCAAAUUCGAAGACGACGGAACAUUUGAUUCUCGACGUUUCUGCCAACGUACCCGGUCUCGCCGAAGAUAUGGACCGCCUGGAGCGGAAUGGCCCAGUCGCAGCGCGCAACCCCCUUGGCCCAAACGAAGAGGAAACUCUGCGAGAAUCUCUUCGGCAUAAGCUGAUUGACACGUUCGGGAGUCUCCUUGAGUGGCGCUUCAAUUGGGAAUCCACCUACCCGGACGUCGUUGCCGAAACAGUUUCCAUGCCUCGGAGCAGUCUUGUGAGCAACCUCGAGCGGCCCAGAUGCUUGGACAGAGUUUUCUAUUACAACGAUAUCAAGCGCGCGGAAGAAAUCCAACAAUACCAUCUAACUAUGUUGUGGGUGCUUCAAUUGGUCGUGCGGCUGCAAGACCCCUCAGUAACUCCAUCCGCUUUUUCCCCAUGGCCGCCACAUCGUAGGCCCGACGCCAGCAAUGCUCUCGCUCUACCCCACGAUGAGAUGACUACUCUUAAUGUAGCUAGAGAGAUAGCCCGUAGCACAGAGAACUUCACGCAACCGCAGCAUCCCAGAAGACAAUUGCUCAAGCUACUCGGGCCGCUACGAGGAUGUGUCUUGGUGUUUAUGCUUUCAGCGCAGGCUGAGCAAUAUGAGUUGUCUUGGGUCAGCGGAGUGCUCUGCCGGAUUGCAGACGAAUUUGGAUUCGAUUUCUGCAAGCGGUUCGCUCAAUUACCACCCCUUGGGUACUAUCAGCCGAGCCAGAAUGAGAGGGUGAGCGAAGGGGCUAGUACGUACACCUUUGCAGACCAGACAACUGGUUUUAGGCAAACCUUCCUGUCACAAUAAAGCAGCAUAGUGGUACAGCACUCCAGUGAGAGGUAAUCAGGCGAUUACUGGAGGGAAUGUAUGAUGACUUGUUGGACCACCAGUGAAAAUCGGUGACUUCAAAUGCAGCUUUGCUCCAAGUAAGAUCAAGAUGCGAUAGAAUACUGCUAGCCAGUGCUCCAAGCCAAUCGUGAGGUGGAGAUUAGUUUCACAGGUUUAGACGAUCCUUAUAAUAGCGUGCCGAUUUCAAGAAAAAAAAGCGACGACAUGGAUCUACUUGUCAUGGACGGGAAUCUCAAUGUUCCAUCCCAGAGGCUGGAGGCUGAGCCAGCGCGUAAC